AUGCAGGACGCCGGCGAAUUCCUGCCUAGCGCGUUCAGGCCCCACGAUUCCAUCGAUAUCCUAACCAGACCCGAUAUGCGGGACCCCCUUCCUCCGCCCUCUCUGCUCGUGCAGGCUAGCAAGUCAUUCGCUGACAAGCUGAGCCUGACGACGCUUCCGUACCACGUCCACGAGAUCCUCCUUGGCUUCCUAGGAUACCAUUUCAUCCUCCAUGUCCUUUCUCCCACCAUUUCGCAGCUCAUCUGCCCCAAGACAUAUAAUGGCUUCAACAAGCGCACGCGACUCAACUGGGACAUCCACUGGGUCUCCAUGAUCCAGGCUCUCUUCAUAUGCGCCGCUGCGUUAUGGGUCAUCUUCAAGGAUGAACAGAGACACGAGAUGGACUGGAGGGGUAGACUAUGGGGUUAUACACCAGCGAGCGGUAUGGUCCAGGGCUUUGCUGCUGGGUACUUCCUGUGGGACCUCCAAGUCUCUGCGCAGUACAUCCACAUUGCUGGAAUGAGCUCGUUGAUCCAUGCGAUCGGUGCUUUGGCAGUCACCUGUAUUGGCUUCAAACCCUUUGGGAACUACUACGGCCUCUCCUUCGUCCUCUACGAACUCUCUACGCCUUUCCUCAAUAUCCACUGGUUUUGCGACAAGCUCGGAAUGACCGGCUCAAAGCUCCAGCUCUACAACGGCAUCGCCCUCCUCGUCAUGUUCUUCUGCUGUCGUAUUGUGUGGGGAUCAUACCAAUCUGUCAUGAUCUACUCGGACAUUUACAAGGCGCUCACGAUGCCAAAGCCCGAACUCAUGAGCUCUCUCCUCGAAGCCCAGAAGAGCGAUGGAACCGCAAACAGUAGUAUGGGUCUCGAGGGACCCGGAGGUUUGGCGAUUGGUGAGCUGCCCAUGUGGUUGGUCUGCGUAUACUUGGUUGGUAACACAGCCUUGAGUAUGCUCAACUUUUACUGGUUCUCGCAGAUGGUAAAGGCUGUCAAGAAGAGGUUUAUCCCGGCGGAUGAGACGAAAGCGAAGAAGGGCCAGUAA